AUGGAGCUCCCCAACUAUAGCCGGCAGCUGCUGCAGCAGCUCUACACCCUGUGCAAGGAGCAGCAGUUCUGUGACUGCACCAUUUCCAUUGGCACCAUUUACUUCCGGGCCCACAAGCUCGUCCUGGCCGCGGCCAGCCUCCUGUUCAAAACCCUGCUGGACAACACCGACACCAUCUCCAUCGACGCGUCUGUGGUGAGCCCCGAGGAGUUUGCCCUCUUGCUGGAAAUGAUGUACACUGGCAAGCUGCCUGUGGGCAAGCACAACUUCUCCAAAAUCAUCUCUUUAGCCGACAGCCUGCAGAUGUUUGACGUGGCCGUUAGUUGUAAAAACCUUCUGACCGACCUCGUAAGCUGCUCCGUUCAGGGCCAGGUGGCGAGGGAUGUCUCCGCACCGUCCUCAGAGUCAUUCAGGAAGGAGCCCGAGAAGCCCGAGGUGGAAAUCCUUUCCCCUGAGGGUGCCGGAGAGCCUCGUUGUUCCCUGGAGGAUUCUGCCCCUCCGGGGGGCCCGGUGAAAGCCGAGACCGAGGAGGCGGUCCAUACGGCUGCACAGGAGAUGAGCGUGGGUCCUUCCACUGCCCAGGAGAUUCCGGGGAAUGCAGACGCCCCGGUGGAGACUCCUCGUCCAGCUGAAGUUUGUUCCCCCUCCCCUGCCGGACAAGCCUUUAGUGCGGCGAAGGAGGCGAGCACGGAACCAGAGUAUGAGAGGAAACGCCGUCAGCUGAAUUUUCUUCUAGAAAAUGAAAGUAUCUUCUCUGAUGCACUCUUGGUUACCCAGGAUGUUUUAAAAAGACUAGAAGAAUGUUCAGAAAUUAAAGGUGCACAGGAGGAGACUAUAAUGGGGUGUCUUGAGGGUGAAGAAGGACGUUCAGCAUUCCAGAGAAUCCUGGAUAAAGUAAGAGAUGAGAGCCUGGAUGUUCAGACUGUUGUGUCUCUGUUGAGGCUAUACCAAGAUUCCAAUCCUGCAGUAAAGGCAGCGUUGUUACACAGAAAGCCAGAAGACGUACAAGCAGCGCAGCCAGAAGGGAGCACAGAGGAGGGAAAGACCUUGUCUGCUCUGUUACUGGAACACAAAGAGGACCUGAUCCUGUGUGUCACACAGCUGAGACCCAUCCUGGAGUUCCUGGAAACAGCCAAGGAGGAAUUCCUAACUGGCGCUGAGAGAAGGGUGAUCCUGAAUUGCUGCGAGGGCGGGACCCCCAAGGAGACCAUAGAAAAGCUGCUGCACAGAAUGUCUGAAGACAAGACUCUGACUGCAGAGAGUUUGGUAAAACUCCUUCAGGCUGUGAAACCGACGUCCCCAAACUUGGGCCUUCUGCUGGAGAAUUUGCAGAAAUUAGCCACUUCGCCAAGCACCACAGUCCAAGCAAGCCCUGAUGAUUAUGGGACUGAGCUGUUGAGACGGUAUCACGAAAACCUUUUGGAGAUUUUCACAGACAACCAGACAUUACUAAAAAUGAUCCCACACAUGAAGGGUUUAGCCCCUGGAGAGAGAGAGGUCAUGGAGAAGCUUGUGAAACAGGACUCUGGCUCGGGUGGUUUCAGUUCUCUGAUGUCAGCAGUUCUAGAAAAGCAGACUGUCUCUGCAACAGCCAUUUGGCAACUGCUGCUGGUGGCUCAGGAGACAAAGACCUGCCCGUUGAACCUGCUCAUGGAGGAAAUACGAAGGGAGCCUGGUGCCGAUGCUUUCUUCCGGGCAGCGACCAACCCAGAAAGUGCGGCCUUAGAAGCCAUGCUGAGGCAUCGCAGACUGAUUCUAGAGGCCAUCCAACAAGGGACUGGACUCAAGUGCUUUACCGCAGAGGAGGAGCAGCUGGCAGAGGCUGUGAAGGAGAUUCUGAGCAUUUCCCCUGAGACAGCCAGCCCUGAAGCUUCCCUGAAAGCAGUGCUGAGCAGAGCCACGGAAAAAUCUGUCGCGGCCGUUGAAAUAUGUUCCCUCCUGUGCAGUGUCCACAGAUCUUUCCCAGGCCUGCAGCCUGUCAUGCAUGAGUUGGCAUACACUGGCUUCCUUGAAACUCAGGAAGGUGGAGAGAAGGAAAGGUGGAAAGUGAGCAGUAAAUUUCCCCACGCAGCCAACGACAGAACAGAUGAGAAGGUACCCGAGCCAGCGGAGGAAGGCUGCCGGUCUGGGAAGCAGAGCAGUCAAGGAGAGACCGGCUCCUUGCCAGAGCCACAAGCGAAAAACACGUCUGCCUCCCCAGACCCUGCCAAGAAGAGCUUCGUCUGUAAGGCCUGUGACAAAAGCUUCCAUUUCUACUGCCGUCUGAAGGUGCACAUGAAGCGCUGCCGGGUGGCCAAGAGCAAACAGGUGCAGUGUAAGGAGUGCAGUGAGACCAAGGAGUCUAAGAAGGAGCUGGAAAAACAUCAGCUGGAGGCCCACGGUGGAGGAGGAGAGCCCGAUGCCCCGAAGAAGAAGAAGAAGAGGCUUCCAGUGACAUGUGACCUUUGUGGGAGAGAAUUUGCCCACGCCUCAGGCAUGCAGUACCACAAACUGACAGAGCACUUUGAUGAGAAGCCUUUCUCCUGUGAAGAGUGUGGAGCAAAGUUUGCGGCCAAUUCUACCCUGAAGAACCACCUUCGCCUUCACACUGGGGACCGCCCGUUCAUGUGCAAGCACUGCCUCAUGACCUUUACCCAGGCCUCUGCCCUGGCCUACCACACCAAGAAGAAGCACUCGGAAGGGAAAAUGUAUGCCUGCCAGUAUUGUGAUGCUGUGUUCGCCCAGUCCAUUGAGCUGUCCCGCCACGUGAGGACCCACACCGGGGACAAGCCAUAUGUCUGCAGGGACUGUGGCAAGGGCUUCCGGCAAGCCAAUGGCCUGUCCAUCCACCUGCACACCUUUCACAACAUAGAAGAUCCCUACGACUGCAAGAAAUGCCGGAUGAGCUUCCCCACCCUGCAGGACCAUCGCAAGCACAUCCACGAGGUCCACUCCAAGGAGUACCACCCCUGCCCCACGUGCGGGAAGAUCUUCAGCGCCCCUUCCAUGCUGGAGCGGCACAUGGUGACCCACGUCGGGGGGAAGCCCUUCAGCUGCGGGAUCUGCAACAAGGCCUACCAGCAAUUGUCUGGUUUGUGGUACCACAACCGGACCCACCACCCUGAUGUGUUUGCCGCUCAGAAUCACCGAUCUUCCAAAUUUUCAUCGCUCCAGUGCGGCUCCUGUGACAAGACCUUUUCCAACACCGUUGAACACAAGAAGCACAUCAAAGCAGAGCAUGCAGAUACGAAGUUCCACGAGUGUGACCAGUGUAAGGAGCUCUUCCCCACACCGGCCUUGCUGCAGGUUCAUAUCAAGUGCCAGCAUUCAGGGUCGCAGCCGUUCAGGUGCUUGUACUGUGCGGCUACUUUCCGCUUCCCGGGAGCACUGCAACACCACGUCACCACGGAGCACUUCAAGCAGUCAGAGAGCACCUUCCCCUGUGAGCUCUGCGGGGAGCUCUUCACCUCGCAGGCCCAGCUUGAUGGCCACUUGGAAUCUGAACACCCAAAGGUGACGGGCUCUGAGACUCAAGCAGCAGCCUCACAGGUGGGGCAGGUGAUCCAAACCCCAGAGCCGGCGGCCCCGACGGAGCAGGUGAUCACCUUGGAGGAGACCCAGCUUGCUGGGUCACAGGUGUUUGUGACCUUGCCGGAUUCACAGACAUCUCAGACCAGCUCUGAGCUUGUGGCGGUGACCGUGGAGGAUUUGCUAGAUGGUACCGUGACCCUCAUCUGUGGCGAGGCCAAGUGA